AUGGGAAAAGAAUUUCAAUCUAUACGUUGUAGAUCUCAGCAGUCAUUUCAGAAGUUACAACUUAAAAGCUACUUAUACACUUCAUUCAUUCUCCUUCUUCUAUUUCGUCUUCUUUCAAUUCUCAUUCUCUCUCUCUCUCUCUUCACAUUUUUCUUUCUUUCUUUCAUAAACUACUCUCUCUCUCUAUCGAUCUAUCUAUCUAUCUAUCUAUCUAUCUAUCUAUCUCACAAUCAUUUGAGUCAUUCAUUCUACUUCUUCUAUUUCGUCUUCUUUCUUGCAUUUUAUCGUCUCUUUCUUCCUUUUCCUUUUUCUAUCUCUAUUUUCUUUCAAUCCUCAUUCUCUCUCUCUCUUUCUUCACAUUUUUCUUUCUUUCAUAAACUACUCUCUCUCUCUCUCUCUCUCUCUCUAUCUAUCUAUCUAUCUAUCUAUCUAUCUAUCUAUCUCACUAACUCACAAUCAUUUGAGUCAUUCAUUCUCCUUCUUGUUUCCUUCUUUCUUACUUUCUUAAAACCUCUCUAUCUAUCUAUCUAUCUAUCUAUCUAUCUCUCUCUCUCUCUCUCGUUCGCUUUCUCCCUCUCUAUCUCUCCGUCCCUCUCUCUCUCUCUCUCUCUCUCUCUCUCUAUCUAUCUAUCUAUCAAUCUAUUUCUCCCUCUCUCUCCCUCUCUCUCUCUAUUUCUCUUCCUCCCUCUCUUUCCCUUUCUCUCCCUAUUUUUUUAUCUCUGUCCCUCACUCUGUCUCUCUCCUCUCUCUGUCUCUAUCUAUCCCUCUCUCUGUCUCCCUCUCUGUCUUCCUCUCUCUAUCUCUCCCCCUCUUUCUAUCUAUAUCUACCCCUCUAUCCUUCUCUCUAUCCCUCUCUCUCUCUCUCUUUAA